GAAUGAACGGAAUGACGUAAAAAGUCAAUACGUACUCGACGUGUCCCUGCUCUACUGACUGGGAAGCCCUUAGUGUGGAGCUGCCAACGCCCGGUGUUGAGACCCAAAUAGAGAAUACGGUCUUGAAUGAGUAGAAUAGACUGUAAACCACAGCUAUGCAGACCAUCAAGUGUGUUGUAGUCGGUGACGGUGCUGUGGGUAAAACCUGCCUGCUCAUCUCCUACACUACAAACAAGUUUCCCUCCGAAUAUGUACCUACGGUGUUUGACAACUAUGCUGUAACUGUAAUGAUCGGUGGGGAACCCUAUACUUUGGGAUUGUUUGACACAGCAGGUCAAGAAGACUACGACAGGUUACGUCCUUUGAGUUAUCCGCAGACAGAUGUCUUCCUCGUCUGUUUUUCAGUUGUGUCCCCUUCCUCCUUUGAAAAUGUCAAAGAAAAGUGGGUUCCUGAAAUUACCCACCACUGUCCAAAGACGCCCUUCCUUCUAGUCGGGACGCAGAUCGACUUGAGGGACGACCCGUCCACUAUAGAGAAGCUGGCCAAGAACAAGCAGAAGCCCAUCACCCCAGAGACGGCAGAGAAGCUGGCAAGAGACCUCAAGGCAGUUAAAUAUGUGGAGUGCUCAGCCCUCACACAGAAAGGCCUAAAGAAUGUGUUUGAUGAGGCGAUAUUGGCCGCACUGGAGCCCCCAGAGCCUAAGAAGAAACGCAAAUGUGUGCUCUUAUGAGAGGCCCCUACUUUUCUCAAAGCACACACACACACACGCACAUGCAACUCACAUACACCUGUACAACAUCCUUCCCUAAUCCCCACAUGUGUUCCCUGGUUCUGCUGAGGCUGAUUGGCAUCGUCAUCCUCCAAAGCAGCCCACCAGGUUUCCAACCAUUCUCUGCAAUAAUUCCAAGUUUCACACACAACAUGAAGCUAUCCUGGCCAGAUACCAGUCUCUCUCACACACACAUACUGAGAGCUCAUUCUGUCAGAUGUGAGUCAGCGUACUGCCCCGCCUCCACCGGUGAGUGUGGUCAUCGUCCGACCACCUCUGUUCUUUCUCAGCACUACUGCUAGACACGUAGUGUUGUUUUUCUUUUGAUUUGAUUUGCCAACCUCCCCCAAACCCCGUUGUUCUUCAGUAACACCGGAUAUUUAACUCCUGUUCCAAAUGGACACACUCCUAACCACUAGAGGAUGUUUAACCGUGACCGCUGAAUCGGCCGGAGUCACACAGGGCUGAGUUGUUGGUCCCUUUGGAACGAGGCUCGUUUCCCUCAAAGAGCCGAAGGCGUCCAGCACCGACGGCUCCGCAGGAAUCAGCCUUUUCUUUUUUCUGUUUUUUUUGUAGAAGCAGAGAACUUUUAAACAGUGUUAGCAGAACAAGUGGUGUGUUGUUCAUGCGUCGUCAGGGACCAAGGGAGGGUAAGGCAGGACGCCGUUAGAACAUCAUCACCGCCACACACUUUGAAGUGUUGCAGCACACGUCCUGAUUAACUGAGCGUUGCGUUGUUGACAGCUGAUCACCAGAUUUCUUUGCCGAGUCAGAGUUUGGUGCCUUCCUUGUAGUCUUCAUCUACGAGGUGUGUGUUAUAGCCAUUCAAACUGUGUGGUGGUGGUGUGUGUAGCUGAGCCUUGGUCUCUGUUCUAAAUGAUAGGUUUAACAGAUGUAAUUAUAAUGUAAGCUGGCACACAACGUUGAUGUAGGCUCCAGGUGUUUUUACCAAAACCUUUUUUUCUUCGUUAUUUCUGUUUGUGUUGUUUUUUUAUGAUUAUUAUUAUUAUAUAUAAAAAUAUAUAAAUAUAUAAAAAGGUUACUUUCACUCCUUUCACAUUUAGGGGUUGGAACUCAUCUGAACUCUCACCUGCCAGUUUUACCAAGAAAACAUCUGAGCUUAGUUUGGCCAGAGUGACUGUUUGGUAAAGAUCCUAAAUGACUGACUGUUUUUUUUUUUUUUUGGUUUGUUUGUUUUUUGUUUUUUUUUUACUGGUGGAUUAGAGUUGGGUUGAUCUCCAGCCCAAGUCAGUAUAAUUAUUAUAACCCGUUGUUGUUUUUGGUGCAGAACCAAAUGCUUUGUCUAAAGUUUGUUCUUUGUAUAUGCAUUCUUUUCAGAAAUAUUAAACUUAUACCUUAAUUGCCUUUA